AUGAAGGAUAAAUCCAAAAAAAGUAGGUGUAAUAGUGUAUUACUCCCUCCGUCCCGCUAUAAUUGUCCCAUUUUACCAUUUCGGUCCGUCCCACUAAGAUUAUCUCAUACCUUAUUUGGUAAAGUUUGUGUGGUUCUAAAUCAUUCCUACUUUAUUCUUACUUUAUCAAUUCAAUAUCAACCACACAAACCCACUUUUAUUAAUAACCGUGCCACCUUUUCUUGUCCCAAACUUAGGGGGACGGAGGUAGUAUUUUUUAAAUUAUUGAGGGUAUGAUGGGAAAAUUUAGAAAUGGGAAGAUAUAAAUGUUACGUCUAAAAAAGGAAAGUGGGAAGAUAUGAAUGUUACGGAGGGAGUAUAUAUUUAGCGAGUAGGUAACCGAACAUCAGUCUAAUAUCUAUCCGGUUUGAAAAAUAUUAGAGUAUGUAAUUAUAUAAGGAUUACUAUGUAAUAUCCAAAAAUCAGUUUAGUAUAAAUAGAACCUCAAGGCACCCAAUAGGGUAAGCCAUUAUUUCCCAAAAGUUAUUGUUUUGUAUAUGGUAUCAGAAGUUUAGGGUUUUCUCUUUCCCUUUUCCAUCGAUCGAUCGAUCCAUGGCAGAACACAUCUGUGCUACUGCAAUUUCUAUGGCGCACGUCAAUCCGGUGCAGCCUUCCUCCGCGGCUUCAUCUUCUGUCCUAGUUGCAGCAGUGUCGUGUUCUCCUCCCAGUAGUAUUUGACGCCUUUAGCUUCAUCUACACAGGUCGCACAGAUACACUCUCCGCUAGCGACCUCUCUGCAACAACGGAUUCGCGGUAUUCCGUCCAUGGACUCCUACAGGCUCUUUAAUAUGCCUGAACAAUUCAAUUGGAUGCCUCCUGCUACACGCUGCCAACAACAACUGCUUUUCCACCUCCACCAGUUUUUCCGGAGCUUGGCAGUUCAUCCAUGCAUUUUACUGGUCCCACCUUCUCAGGACAGCCUGGGAUAGCUCCUCUGACAGCACCAUCGACAUCUUCGUUGCCAGGUUUUAAUACUUCCUACAGUCCCUUAUCAUCUCUAGCAUCUCAAUUGGCGUGUUCUACUCCAAAUGUAAGCAACAUUGUGACUACUCGUUUAUCGUCUGUUGAGGAUUAUUUGCCCUGGAGAACCCAGUUUGAGUCAUUUUUAGUGUCUCACAGUCUUCUGGGUGUUUUGGAUGGGUCUAUUCCAGUCCCUUCACCCACUACUCUGGAUUAUACAUACUGGCUAAAAAUUGACCAAACUGUGCAUUCUUGGAUUUUUGCAACUCUUGCUAGAGAUGUUUUAAUGGAAGUUUAUGAUCUGAAAUUUUAUCAUCUUAUUUGGGAAAGACUUCAGAAAAGAUUUAUGUCAGCUUGUAUUUCUCGAUCCAUAGAAUUAAAACGGUUGUUGUCUCAUAUGAAAAAGAAAGAAUCACAGACUAUGGAUCAAUAUUUGUUAGAAAUUAAGCUCCUGGCAGAUUCUCUAGCCGCUAUUAAUGCUCCGGUUAGUGGACGAGAUCAAAUUGAAUAUGCUAUCCUUGGCUUGGGGCGUAGAUAUGAAUCGGUACUCAACAAUAUUGAUCAAUUACCGGGGAUUCCAAGUCUUGAAGAUCUUCGUCCCAUUCUCCAAGCUCAAGAACAACGCAAUUUAUUUUUCCAAGCCCAGGAAUCAGCUCCCUUACAGCAGGCGUUUGCUGCCCCAACUGCUCCAAUAGCCCGAGGGGGUGGACAACCGCGUGGUGGUGGCGUACAGCCACGUGGCCGAGGCAACCGAGGAGGUCGUGCACGUGGCGGGCGUGGCCGUGGCCGAGGAGGUUACUACCAGCAGAACUAUGGCGGUCACCAGCAACCCUAUGUGGGUUAUCCACCACAUCCAGCUAAUCCCCAGCCGAGAGCACCGGCUUUUUCAGGGAUACCAGGUUUCCCGUCUGUGGAUCAGUCUUAUCAGUCGCCUCCCCCCAGUUGUAUGUCAAUUGUGUUUUUCCCUAGGUCACUCAGCACUUCAUUGUUCCCGCUUCAAUGCCUCGCCAACCCCGGCUCUUGCUGCGCUACCCACUGGUGAAAACAAUGAUUCAGUCUGGUAUCCUGACUUUGGGGCUUCCGCUCAUAUGACUCAUCACGAAGGACAAUCACACGGGGGAGCUUCUUCUUCAGGCACUUAAUAAAGACCAUGUUUAUCCUUUCCAUGCCCUUCAAUCCCGUGUUGUACCCGGUCCAGUUUGGCACAAGCGCUUGGGGCAUUGUGGUGAUAGAAUUCUUGGUAGACUUAGGCAGCAUAAAUUAAUUUCUACUUCCUCCUCUUUUGUCCACGAUUGUGUUUCUUGUAAACUGGGUAAAUCCCACAGACUUCCUUUUAGUGAUGUUACUCAUGACUUUACUGCACCUUUACAAAUUAUUCAUUCAGAUGUUUGGCAAUCGC